CAACGCAGAUCGUUUCACAACACGAGGAAGCGGCAGAUGUUUAUAUGACUCUCUCUAGUGGCCAACGUUUCAGUAGCAUUGUUUCUACACUAGAGCAACCCAGUCCUUCUUGUACGCCCACUGUCUGUUACACAAAGUUAUAUCAUGAUUGCAAGAUCAUUCCGGUCAUAGGAGGCCAUCGAGACUUGUCUUCACAUAACAUCGAGCAGCUCUUCGCCCUGUCAGGCAAUUGCUAAGAAACCUACAUUUGAAAGGAUGUGGAUUCCUAUGCUGAGUUUGACUGCCCUGCCACAUGUUGGUGGGAUAUUUGGAGGUCUCAUCACACGGAGGGAGGUGAAGACAUGGUACACCACACUCAAUAAACCCUCAUGGAGGCCACCUAAUGCUGCCUUUCCAGUGGUGUGGACCACUCUCUACACUGGCAUGGGCUAUGGUUCAUACCUUGUGUGGAAAGAGCUCGGAGGCUUCACCCAGGAUGCAAUGGUGCCGCUGGGGCUCUAUGGGUUGCAGCUGGCACUUAAUUGGGCCUGGACCCCCAUCUUCUUUGGAGCACACAAGAUUAAACUGGCACUGAUAGAGCUAUUGAUGCUGAGUGGCACAGUGGCAGCAACAAUGGUGUCUUGGUAUCCCAUCAGCCGCACUGCAACACUGCUCAUGGUCCCAUACAUGGCCUGGCUCUGCGUUGCUACCAGCCUCAACUACUGCAUUUGGAGAGACAAUCCAGAUCCUAAAAAAGACGACUAAAGACGCCAAUAAAAACUAACACUAUUUUAACUAACACAACUGGCUAGAUGUGAAGUUACUGUUUAAUAAUGAAGGGUUGAACAUUGUAUUUUUUUUUUAUUUUUACAAGUUUAUAACAUCAGAAAAUUCACAAUGUCUUAAUUAAGAGCAGGAAAGGCAAUAAAAUGAGAAUGUUCUAAUGCUUUCAUCAUCUCUUCACUUAAGUUCAGCAUUUUACACAGAUCAGUUUAUAGGUUCUUCCAACUCAAAAUGUUUAAUAACAGACAAUUCAUUUGUUUGCUUGCUUUCUUUCCUAUUUUUAUGAAUAAAAAUGUUUUAAUGA